CAGCAACAGGUUGUCUCUCCACUUUCACAGACAGGUGAGCACGAUCCCUGCUGCUGUGUUCAUGCAGACAGAAAUAUAUAUUAUUACAUUAGUGAAGUCAGUCUGUGUUUAGUCAUGGCGUCACUGAUGGCGAAGCGAACAGGACGACCGAGGAGCCAGCUGCCGACCUGCUACUAUGAGGGCUACCUGGAGAAGAGGUCGUUCAAAGACAAGACAUCUGGGAAACUGUGGACCUGUUUGUGUGGAAACUCGCUGUUCUUCUUCAACGACAAGAGAGACACUGAUUACGUAGAGAAAUUGGAUCUCAGUGGAUUCAUGUCAAUAACAGACGACUGCACCCAGGAUCGAAACUUAGAUGCAGCUCGAAUCAACCUCCAGAUGAAGGAUGGAAAUAUCAAAUUCACUGCCCCAAAUGCAGAAGCUCGAGAGCUGUGGAAGGGAUUUAUUCACUCUGUGGCCGAGCUGUCGCUACCUACUUCCCUAAACCUGCUUCCGGGGCAGCUGCACAUGCUAAGAGAGGCAGUGGAACAGGAAAAAGAAAGACGAAAAUCUGUACCUCCACCUGUCACCGACUCCAGCCCUUACGUCAGCCUCAAAGCAAACAAGCCAGCCUGUUACCAGGAUGUGUCCCGUCUGGAGGCAGAACUGUUGCUGGACAGAGAGGCAGCCCGAGGAAACCUGCUGCUGAGGCCCGGGGGGGGAAACGGAAACUCCUUCGCUGUCACCACCAGACAAGACUUAGACGGCGCUGUAUUCAGACACUACCGCGUGACCUAUCAACAUGAAGGAGGCUUUUCCAUCGAUGUGGACAAUCCUGUUCCCUGUGCAUCCCUUCAUGAUGUGAUCGACUACUUAGUGGGAAAAACCAACGGAGUGUUGAUACCUCUCACCUUCGAGGGAACAUAUGAGAGGCAAAUCUCUUUUAUUUGUUCUGAUAGCGAGAAUGGAGAGAAGAGCGUUCAGCAGGCUCCGUCAAACCUUGAACCACCAAGCUUGCCCCCCAAACCAGUUUCUAGAAUAGCGACUCCUGAGGCAGCACCAGCAGUGGUUGAAGAGGAGGAUUUAUAUCUGAAUGUCCAGCUCUGUGUUCAAACAGUGGAGGAGAAGGAAAGAGAGACGGUGGAUUCCUCGGAGGUUCCACUGCCACCUCCAAAAAGAGCAGUAAUGCCUCCUGUGUCUGCUGCUCGCAAAUGGCUCUCUUCCACAUCGGCUCCCUCCUCCAGCAGAGAUCAGAAGAUGAGACUCCUCACAGAGGCUUCAGGACAGAUUCCCUUGGCAACGAUCUCGGAGCUGAAACUGAAGCUGGAACAGAAGGCCAUGUGUCUAGAGUGACACCUCCUGGUGGGAACCUCUCAGAGCAUCCACCACCUCCAGUACGAGUCUUCCCCUGCAAGAUGAAGCAACACAAGAGAGCAGAGAGGAGCAGUCUCCCCCCCCCCCCCUCCUCAUCAGCUGGGUGCGAAGAUGAACACCUUAUUGAUCCCCCCUCUCAGACUCUCAUUAGCAGACGAAUGGACUGUAACUCUGUCACCUUGUUUGUCUUGUACAUUUUGCACAUUAACCUCAUGUCCAUUCUUCCUCCAAUCACAGCGUGUGGUGAAGUGCUGAUGUGCUUUAGUGUUGAUUAAUGCAGCGCCUUAUACUGUUUAAAACUGUUCAGCCUCACAGGCGUGUAAAUAUGUACGUUUUUUGUUGCAUACUGUGACUAAAUUUAUUGUAUGUAUAUUUUUUUAUUGGAAAAACAACAAAUCAGAUUGAUCAAGUGAAUACCGUAAAACUUCAAAUAGAAGUCCACCCCGAUUUAAGGCCCAGCAGUCCCUUUUAGUAGCCGGGCGUCGCUGCAUGUUUAGACGGUUAAAGGCAGCUCUCGGUUAGAGACCCGUCUGCAUUUAGAGUGGAAACAGUUUGUAAAUCAAAAAUAAGGAGAAAGAGCAGCAAGAAACAAAAGUUAAAGAGGAACUUCAACAUCUGUCCAAGACAGACAGACUGACGCUCACAUGCAGGACAUGAAGCAGGUUUCAAGUCUGUUCUCAAAGCAAGAUUAAAUUAGUGAUUAUAUAAGUUGUUAAUCGAUAUUCUAAUUUUGUACACAGUUUAAUUAACUUUCUGAUGUUCAUUUUUAAUUAGUCUCUCUCGUCUGUGCUGUGCACCAGCUUUGUUUGAAAAUAAUCAAAGGCCUGUCCAAUCAGUAACCUCCUCCGGUGUUGAAAAAUGAAGUAGAUGCUGAAGUGCAAUAUCCUGCAGUUCCUGGAGUGUCCACUAGAGGCUGGCUGCAGAAGCACAGGAAGUCACAUACACACUCAUUCUAAAAAGUCUGUUUUUACAGCAGAGAUUAACAUGUUUACAGCCUGGUUCAAAAAAACAAAUAGGUGUGAUUAUCUCAUGUCUCGAUGGACACACACUGUACGGGGGGUGAAUGUUUUGAUGACUCAUCAGUUUUGAUUUGAUGAAGGAUAAGAGUUAUUCACAAUAAGGUGUGUAGCUGACCUGAUUGACAGGUGGUCGGGGUGUAACAGUUUGUCAGGAGGUUUAAAACCCGCCUCAGCUCCAGCUCUCAGUCUGUCGUUAGGUUGACUGAAAGUUAGACUGAGACAGCAUUUCCAGCAUGGAGACCGCCAUCGAUGGGACUCCAGCGCCCCCUACAGGAACAGACAGGGGAAGUUACUCAGGCUUCUUCCAGUCAUAUUUACAGUCUUUGGGCCCGUCUCGUGAUGACGCCCGUCUCAUAUUAAGGCAGGGUCGUUUCAUAGACUGAAUAAAAGCCUGGGCUAUUGCAGUUUUGCGGUAUGCAGCGUCCAGUACGAGGCGUGCAAAGGUUAGAAAUCAGAGUUUUUCUCCUGCCUCUUUUUAUACAAGACUUUUUUUUUUCCUUUUUCAUGUCUUUAUUUUUGUGUAAGCAGCAAUCAAAGACCCAAGUGAUCUUACUUCUUUAUUACCUCAGUGACUGAUACACUAUAGUGGAAAACUAUUUACAAUAAACUGACUGACUUGAUAUCAGCAUGUGAAAUAAAGUGAACUCAAUUCUC